AUGACGCCCCCUCCCUCUACGAACAAGCGCAAGCCAGCCAAUGCUCCCAUCUCCCCGCCUCCAAUGAAACGAAGACUGGCUUCUGGAACUACAAAGAACGCCGUAGCCAACUUCUUUACCCCCACCUCCCAGAAGCCGAAAGAACGGACAAUCUGGACUGAAAGAGCACCCAACGAUGACACUCCCGCGACCCUUCUCGUUGGACGCUACGAGCCGGAGAAUGCUCCCGAAGAACCAUUGACGAAGAGGAGAAGGAUUGCGGCUUUUGACCUGGACUCGACUCUCAUUACGACCUCGUCAGGGAAGAAGCACGCCAGCGAGGCUACAGACUGGAAGUGGUGGCAUAGUUCCGUGCCUGGCCGACUACGAGAGCUCUACAAGGACCAGGGCUACCGCGUCAUCAUUCUCUCGAACCAGGGAGGCAUCGUCCUUCACCCCGACCCGAAGUCCAAGACCCCGAAAGCCAUGUCCAAGGAUCGUGUCACCGCCUUUAAACAAAAAUGCAACGCCAUCCUGAACCAGCUCGAUAUUCCUAUUUCUGUCUACGCUGCAACAGGAAGAGAUCUUUACAGGAAGCCGCGGUUAGGCAUGUGGGACGAGGCCUGCGACGACUACGACAUCACGGGAGACGUUGACCUCGCUCAGAGCGUCUUCGUCGGCGAUGCCGGCGGACGGACUGCCGUGCUGAAGAAUGGUGAGAAUGCCACAAUGGCCACUGCCAAGGACUUCAGCUGCUCCGACCGCAACUUUGCCCACAAUGCCGGCAUACAGUUCAAAACCCCGGAGGAGUUCUUCCUCGACGAGCCGCCCCGCGACUUUGAGCGGGAAUUCGAUCUGGCGAACCAUCCGUGGUCGGAGGAGGCUGGAGCGACUGAUAUCAUGUUCGAGAAGAAGAACGAGAGGGAUAUCGUCCUCUUCGUUGGUCCUCCUGGCGCAGGCAAGAGCAGCUUCUUCUGGAAGCAUCUGGAGCCCCUGGGCUAUGAGCGAGUGAAUCAGGACACUCUGAAAUCACGGGAAAAAUGUAUCAAGGCAGCAAAGGAGAUCAUACAGGAUGGACAGUCGGCGGCGAUAGCAGACAACACCAAUGCCGAUCCAGAGACACGAGCUGUUUGGGUAGACCUGGCGAAGCAGCUUAAUGUGCCUAUCCGCUGUGUGUGGUUCAAGACUCCCUUGAUCGUAUGUGAGCAUAACGACACCGUGAGGGCGCUGAACAAGACGAUGAACCCGGAAUCGCGAGUAGCCCUGCCGAAGCUUGCCUUUACCGGCUUCAAGUCCCGGUUCAAGGAGCCCAAAGUCAAGGAGGGUUUUCAAGACAUCACCGAAGUCGAGUUCAAAUUCAGGGGCUCGAAAACGGAACACGGUAUAUGGGCCAAGUACUGGCUAUGA